AUGUCUCCAAAAACUGUUACCAUUCUCCUACUGAUAACAUCUUGCAUGUUGAUGCCACCCGUCUACAGCACCAUUGGGAAGGAUCAGAUCCCAGAUCCCAAGACGUACAAGUUUCUGUACUUCGUCUCCAUGGCGGGUGGCAGUCAUUAUUCAUCGCUGUCCAUGUCUGCUAAGGAGCUUGUGAGACAGGGUCACAAGGUGGUCUCGCUGUUCAGCAGCUCCAACCCACGACAGAUGCAAAUGGCCGACGCCGAAAUCUUCACCACGGUGGUAUACAACUCGACCAUCACGCCGCAUCAACGGGCCGACGUCAUGGCCAAUCUAGGCAAGUUGUUCACCACGGGCGUCCUGAGGACCUUCUGGGGUCCGGUUAUCGCAGUCGUCAGGGGCGACUUCCUCGAUGACCUUGGCACCGCAGACAUGUGGCUACGCGAGUGCGACGAUCUGUUGGGAGACGCAGCAACCAUGAAGAGGCUCCGAGAAGAGAAAUUCGACAUGUUGGUUGCUGAUGACCACAUCCCGUGUAUUCCGCUCCUGGCACAGGCUCUAAACAUUCCCUUCAUCUACAAUUGCGUUGUUCACGCAGUUCCUUCAAAGCAUGGAGAGUGGGCAGGGUUACCUAUCGACGCAUCCUACAUCCCAGAGCGUGUGCUUGGACUCACGGACAAAAUGACAUUCUUCCAGCGAGUCCAAAACGUCCUGGCGCACACGUACUACAUAUACUGGUGGUAUCUGACUAUAGACUUCAAAGGAUUCGAUCAGCUGAAAAUCAAGUAUAACAUUCGACCCGAGAUCAGCACCUAUGAAUCUAACAAGCAAGCGUCGCUGUAUAUGUUCCAUGGGAGCUUCGCUUUAGAGUUUCCUCGCCCCAUGCAGCCAAACACUAUUUACGUUCUCUUCACAGCUGGUUCGACUCCUCUUAAAAAGAUUGCAGAUGAUGUGGUAGAAUACCUGAACACAGCUCCCAAUGGAGUGGUUUUAUUUUCGCUGGGUAGUCACGUUGGAAGCAUGGAGCGAGAAAAGGCCCAAGUCCUUGCCGACGGCUUCGCCUUGCUACAACACCGAGUGUUGUGGCAGACCUCAGCUGCUUUACCUGCAGGAAUUAAGCUAGCAGACAACACAAAAGUCGUCCAAUGGCUGCCUAUGGCCCAAGUCAUGGAGCACGUUAAUGUCAAAGUGUUUGUGAGUCACGGUGGCGGCUUCAGUAUGUACGAGGCGUUGUGGGCCGGACUGCCCAUGGUAGGCCUACCGCUCUUCGAAGAUCAGAUGGACAAUUUGGACCGGCUAGAAGACCGUGGGGUCGGGUUGGCGCUAGACAUCACCACCUUGACACCGGAGAUAUUGAGCCAGACCAUCCACAAAGUCGUGGCAGAACCAAAAUUCUGUGCCAAUGCACGGCGUGUAUCUCUGAUCAUGCGAGACUUGCAGACCAUGUCACCCCCAAUCAAGACGGCAGCUCAUUGGAUCCUUCAUGUCACCAAGUUCAGCGGUGACCACCUGCGCCCGGCCGUCCUGGAUCUGAAUUACAUGCAGAGGAAUCUUCUAGACGUCUACGUCUUCAUCAUGGCCGUACUGGCUUUGAUCCUAGGAGUAAACCUCUCCGUGUGUUACUGCUGCUGUAGGUGCAUGUGUGGCAAGACUGGGAAAAGCCAUCCAAAAACAGAAUAAAACAUCCAAGUGGGAAUAAAAC